UCAGUCUUUUGUCACAGAGAGACAGAGAGCUUUCUUUCUCCUGCAGAUGACAGCUCUCUCUGUGGUCCAGACAUCAUGCUUCAGAAGGUGGGUAAACGGUUUCUGGUCCGGGCUCGGUUUACCUGGCGUUCGUUAUUCGAUGACCAGUUCCUGCUGGUCACCAACACGCUGACUGGAGGAUCCUUGCUGGCGAUGGGAGACGUUGUGCAGCAGAGCUGGGAGAUCCACAAGGAGCAAAGCAAAGUCCUGGACUGGAAGAGGAUAGGCUACACGUUUGUUAUGGGCUGCUCCACUGGCCCACUGCUGCACCACUGGUACGGCCGGCUGGAUAGCGCGUACGCUGGAAGAGCUAUGAACACGGUGGUCAAGAAGGUUCUGGCGGACCAGCUGAUCAUCUCACCGAUAAUCGGGAUAUGGUAUUUUAUAGGUAUGGGUCUCAUGGAGGGAGACACUUUAGCCGAAGGAUGGAAGGACUUCAAAGGGAAGUUCUGGGAAUAUUAUAAGGCGGACUGUUGUGUUUGGCCCCCCGUUCAGAUGUUCAACUUCUACUAUGUCUCGCCCAAAUACCGUGUCAUGUACAUCAACGUUAUCAGUUUAGGAUGGGAUGUCUUCCUGUCCUACCUCAAACACAGAGAUGACAGCCACCCCACUGUGAUGGGGUGCAGUGCUGUUCACUGCAGUCCUAUGGAUAUACAGCAGGAAGCACUCCCACCGCCCAAACCUCUGGAGGAGAAAGCUUAGAGACAGAGUUCAUACUCAGCUUUGAAGAUGAACAUUUAGUUCGGUAAAAAACGGCAAAAUUUGACUUUUUUGUGUCGAAUAAGCUGUCACCUUUCAUGGAGGCUGCCAUGUUUCUACAGUAGCCCAGAAGGGGAAAACCAAUCACUGGCUCUAGAUAGGGCUGUUCAUCUUUUUGAGCGUUUCGCAGCCUCCAUAGUUUCUGAUUCUCCAGUGCUGCUCUCUGUUUUCAUGCCAAAUCUCAAUUUGUCCCUUUGAGGUAUCUAUAAAAAUAAUUGCAUAAUUGUGAUUAUUAUGAAAAAGAAGAUCUUUUUACAUUUUUAUCAUAUGACACUGAAUUCUCAACUGUACGUCUAAAAGCUGAUUUACUGGUAGAUUGAAGAUAUGACAUUUAUUUAUUGAUUUAUUGAUUUAUUAGUAGUUGUAGUUUUACACUAGUGACUGUAAAUUUGACUUGAUGUACUGUACUGUACUACAUCUACAGCAGUGAAUUUAUGAUUGAAUUCUUUUGGUUUUGGCAGGUCAGGUGAUAAAUCAGUUUAUGUGUGGUUGAAAUAACAGCAUAACAUGAAAGCAGAAAUCUGUAUAUAUAUAUAUUACGAUACUUCAGAGGUGUUUACAAAAAAUUAAAUGGCAUUUGCCAAAUAAUAUAAUUACAUUUAACAGAAAUUGUGUAUGUGAUGACUGAUGAACAACACACAUUAAUCUUAAAUGUUUCCCCAGAAUACUAAAGUGUGGAAAAACAGAGAAUAAAUGAAUCAUUGUGUACUCUA